GUGUAUGUGUGUGUGUGUGUGUGUGUGUGUGUGUGUGUGUGUGUGUGUGUGUGUGUGUGUGUGUGUAUAAGAUAUUGAGAAAAGAUCACUGGUGAGUGCAGGGUAUUUAGGAGCAGAGAGAAGGAUGAUGUGUUGACCUUUGGAAGCAUCUUACAAAAAAAAAACCUGGAGAACAUGGAAGCCAAAAAGUUCCUCCAUUUUGUGCCAUAUGAAGUUCCACCCACCUGGACGUCCAACAAUGGACAUGUUUUCCAAGAAAUGGAGCUGCAGGAUGGGGAACAGGAGGAAUGUGAGCAAGAUUCACCCGUCACAUGCAAGGAUCCCAUCUCUGACAACCAGAUCCAGAUCAUUGUUUCAGAUCCUGAGUGUCCUGGGCUUGGGCUUUUGAAUACAACAAGAAAAUACGUGAAGCCAAUAAACUUCAAGGAGGAAGUACGUGGCCAAAGAGACCUGGACACCGUCCUGGCCCAGGCCAGUAUCCUCUUGGACGAGAAAGCGGCCACUCUGGACGAGGUCCUGAGGCGAAUGUUAACUCAUAUGGUGGAGGACGGUCAAGGCAGCUACGAUGUGGACAAGGUCAUGAACUUACUGUUCACGGACACAGGAGGGAAGGAGCGUAAUGUUCACCUUCUCUCAGAGACCAUUCAGGGGGUGACUGCUACUUCCACUGGCGUAUGUUACCAGCAGUCCUGGCUUUGUGUUCUCACCAAUGUGAGGAGCCUGCAGAGACGUCAUGUCUGCAUCGCCCGUCUGAUGAGGCCCCAGAACUGGGGAGGCAACUGCUGCGAGGCCCGCUAUGUCCUCCUCAUCCUGGCCCCUCCUCGAACAAAAAGCACCAAGUCGGCCAUCGAACUCAGUAGAACAUUUGCCACAAUUUUCUCCGACAUUUCCGUCAGACAGAAGCUUUUGGAGGUCAAGACCCAGGAAGAGUUCAAAAUGGAACUCGUCUACCAGCGACAGCAGCUCUCCAUAGACCCAGAGAAACCAGUCAUAGAGGAAGUGGAGGACUCAGAUCUACAAAGGGGGAAACCACUUCAGUGCAAAGAGUUCUUUAAAGUCGGUAAAGGGGUUUAUGAUGACCUUCGUCGCCGACUGCCCUACUACCCCUCAGACUUCACAGAUGGCAUAACUGGGAAGGACCGCUGUCUGCUGAUGUACACUACCACUGCUAUUUUCCUCUACAUUGCCAUUCUACUGCCUGCUAUCGCCUUUGGCUCAUUGAAUGAUGAGAGCACAAGAGGAGAGAUAGAUGUGCAGAAGACUAUUGUUGGCCAGAGCAUUGGCGGAUUGAUCUAUUCAUUGUUUGCUGGCUCACCACUCGUUAUUCCACUGACUACUGCACCACUGGCCAUCUUCAUAAGCGUCAUCAGGGGAAUCUGCGACGACUAUCAGCUUGACUUUGAUGCUUUCUACGCCUGCAUCGGUUUAUGGAACAGUCUGUUCCUCAUCCUCGGAGGCUUGUUCAAUGUCAGCCUGUUUAUGAAACUCUUUAAACGCUCAACAGAAGAAGUCAUUACAUUGUUCAUCUCCAUAGCAUUUGUCGGGGAUGCAGUGAAAGGCACCGUCAAAAUUUUCCAGCACUUCUACCAUGGGCCCACACUGGCAACCACAAACAGCACAUUGGUGCUUCAGCAGAUUAACGAGAUUCUAGAGAAGAUGCAGAACCAGUCAGGAAACAUGCCUGAGAAUCGUAAUGAGACUGUGUCACUGGGACACGCAGAAGGACACGCGUCAAUCGUCCUGCCUGAGGCUCUGGUGUUGACAACACGAGAAAGGCCCAUCCUCUGUCUGCUGCUUAUGUUGGGGACUUUGUGGCUGGGAUACGCCCUCUACAUCAUUAAGAGAAACCCAUAUCUGAAUUACAAAAUCAGACUGGUGGUGUCAGACUGCGCUUUGCCGAUCUCUGUGCUGACAUUCUCCUUCAUUGGCUCCUACUUUUUCCAUGACAUACAGCUUCCUAUGUUAAGUGUCCAUGAUGGCCCUAUCUUCAACUUCCCUCCCUUUGAAAAGCUGUCAGUAGUGAACAUACUGAGCGCAGUUGGGCUGGGUUUCCUCCUCGCAUUGCUCAUCUUCAUCGACCAGAACAUCGUCAUCUCACUCACACAUGUACCACAACACAAGUUGCUCAAAGGCACAGCGUUCCACUGGGACUUAAUGCUGACUGGCUUCAUCAACAUCCUCAUGUCCUGUCUGGGGUUGCCAUGGAUGCACGCUGCCUUCCCACAUUCCUCCCUGCACGCCCGUCAGCUGGCCAAAGUGGAACAGCACGCAGAGAACGGACACCACUACACGACUAUUGUCAGUGUGAAGGAGACUCGUCUGACCUCGUUGGUAGCCAACAUCCUGAUCGGCCUGUCUGCGUUCAUGCUGCCCAUUCCUCUGCAGUGGAUCCCCAAGCCUGUCCUCUACGGCCUCUUCCUCUACAUCGCAGCCACUUCGCUUGAUGGGAACCAGAUGGUGGACCGCAUGGCCCUGCUGCUUAAGGAACAGACCUCCUAUCCUCCCACACACUACAUCCGCCGUGUACCUCAGAGGAAGAUGCACUGCUUCACAGCAGUGCAGAUGAUCCAGCUGAUCAUCCUGUGUGCUUUUGGGAUGUAUCCCCUGCCCUACAUGAAGAUGUUUGUCCCCCUUCUGAUGAUUUUGCUGGUCCCUGUCAGGACCAGCCUGCUUCCCCGAGCAAUCGACGGCAAGUAUCUGGAUGUCAUGGAUGCUCAGCACAUGUAGAACAGAGCACACCAUAUGAAAGGAUUAGUUUUCUCCGGUAGGAAUGGAAACAGACUGAUUGUGUUAACAACUAAACAAAAUGCAUUUGGACUUCAAGAUUUGGAGGCGAGCUCUGUGCUGGUGACUGGAAGAAUAUUUACAUCCCUCUUAAGCGGUCUUAUUGUUCCAUCAUCACACAUUCACUAUCAAUGUAGCUGAUUCUGUAACAUCUAACAUUCCUGCAUCUUUAUUUUAUUCAACUCAAUAUAGUCCUGAAGGAGUUACGUCUGUUUAGCUUCUUUUUAAGAACACACAAAUCUGUGUGGAGCUGGUUACUGGCUGAGCUAUUGUCAGGCAUCUUUGUAAUAUUUAAAACACAUUCAUCAUCAUUUAAUUUAAUUUAGGCAACAUAUUUUGCUGCUUUGUCUGUGUCCUACUUGGAUUAAAGUGUGAUGUGGAUGAGAGGCUUCAGUGUUUUACCACAGUCAAAAAUUCAGAAUCAUUUAACAAAGUGAGAAGGAAUUUCUCACAUUUGAAAAUAUGCAGACCGAAGUAUUACCUCCCAAUGACCACGUUUUAAUCACACUAAAGCCAGGUAUCACAAGAUUUGUGUUCCAGUUGUUUAUAUGUAAAAAACUGCUAUUUUAAUUAAGAUAAUACAUAUAACAUUAUGAGGUAUGUUAAUAUAAAGGUAAUUGUAAUGUUUGGAUAAAAUUUGGAUUACAUUUUUUGUUAACACAAAUAAAGCCCUGUAAUAGGAACUGAAUGAGCAUCUUUCAUCAUGCUGAACCUCCUCGAUAUUUAAAGCAAAAUACUUAAUAUGCACCACCAAUCAUUAAUACAGUAAGUAACAGAAGGGCACCUUCUCAAAUAUCACAGCAUCAGCACAAUGUCAUCCUUUAUUAAACUGAGAGGGACCGACAGUUCUGACUGUUACAUUUCUCCAAUAGAUGGCAUUGGAAGCUCAUCUUCAGGAUGGUUUGAGAUCAAGCUUGGCCAAUGAAAGAUGUAUACUUGCCAGUACUUUAUAGACAAAAUGAGGCAGAUUCAUAUCAAGUAUUCAGUAUAAGAAUAAGAAACUGGGAUUAUGACUUGGACAGACAUAAAGCAUGAGCAGUUUUCCCAAAAUCUAGCAUUUUAAAUGUUUUGUUUCAUUACUUUGUUUCCUCUGUUACUUCCUGUAAAGACACUUUUGAAGC